UGAGUUAUACUGCUAUAAAGUUCAUGUGGAUGCAUUCCCAUUUGAAUUAACUGUACUACUUCAGGUAGUCAUCCCACUGAUAUCCCACACUCAUUGCUUCACAUUGGACUGGUUUGUCUGGUUACAUGUGCAUUCUUGAAUGCCCAGGGGUCAUCUUGAUUAGCUAUCUCCCAAUGAUUUCAUUGCUGACACACCCCAAGCCCAUCUAAAAGGAGCAAAUUCAGUUUCAUCUUUCCAGCAGUCAUUGAAAUGCAAAGAUCUAUAAGUGGCUAGCAGAUCAAAAACAGGAAAAGGAGCACUCUCAGGACACAUGCCAGUGCCACUCCAAAGUGCUGCAGCAGAAUUACAAAAACACCAAACAAAUCAAAAUCCCAGUUCAUACACCUGCUAUGAAGAACUGAAUCCGAUUUGUGCCAUAGAGGCCACCACAAAACCCCAGUAUACUUUGGACCGUUUGGCCACAAUCCACAGUGAGCUAGGCAUGCCUUCAGAAACCCCACAGGAAGCCUUGAACUCCCAGGCAGGAGACGAUUCCUCUAGACAACCAAGAUUUCUUCAGCACUCCUUCCAGUCAGCCGGAGAUGCCUCCCCAGUGCCCAACCAGAGACAAUAUGGCAGAGUGGACCUCAUCCAUCUUUAUCCUCAUCUCUACUCAAGAGCAUACAUUAAUUUUAGAAAUCCUGAUGACAUCCUUCUUUUUAGAGAUCGUUUUGAUGGCUAUGUCUUCAUUGAUAAUAAAGGUUUGGAAUAUCCUGCUGUGGUAGAGUUUGCUCCAUUCCAAAAGAUUUCAAAAAAGAAGCUUAAGAAAAAAGAUGCAAAAGCUGGGAGCAUUGAGGAUGAUCCAGAAUAUAGAAAAUUUUUAGAAAGUUACUGUGCCGAUGAAGAGAAAAUCUGUGCUAAUCCUGAGACUCUGUUGGGAGAGAUUGAGGCAAAAACAAGGGAACUUAUUGCUAGAAGAACAACACCUCUUUUGGAAUAUAUUAAAAAUAGAAAAUUAGAAAAGCAGAGGAUACGAGAAGAAAAAAGGGAAGAACGAAGGAGGAGAGAAUUAGAAAAGAAACGUCUGCGAGAGGAAGAGAAAAGAAAGCGCAGAGAAGAAGAAAGACGUAAAAGAAAAGAAGCAGAGAAGCAAAAGAAAAUUGCUGAAAAAGAAAUAAGGAUCAAGCUUCUUAAAAAGCCUGAAAAAGGAGAUGACCUGGCCAGUGAAACGAAUAAGGAAAAAGGAGAAGAAGCUGAUAUUGAAGAAAGCAAAUGGGAAAAAUCACCUGGAUCUGGGAGUAUAAAAUCCAAGCCAUUGGAAGGCUCACCAAAGGAACUUAAGGAAAAGUCACAAAAUGAUAGUGAUAAAGAGCAAAUGGAUUUGGAGAGAAGAUUUCGAGAAAAAGACCUUGAAAGACAAAGAUACCGGUUGGACGAUGGCAGAAAGCAUAGAGCUCACUAUGAAUUUGACAAGUUUAUGAGACGGAAUGAAGAAGAGCUGAAAUGGGGGAAAGGAUACAGCCAAGACAGAGGGAAGAAAGGGAACCACAACUACAGCUUCACUGUGGAGGCCGUAGACAAACUGGGUAAAGAGGACAAGUGUGAUGACAUGGCAUCCAAAAAGGAGCGCAUAAGAAAUAAGGAUCGUCCAGCCAUGCAGUUAUACCAGCCAGGAGCUCGCAUUCGAACACAUACGGGAUCUACAAGUAAGAUCUAUGAAUGCAGUGGGAAGUCCUCUGAAGAUGCCUGCGAUAGAAAGUGUGAGGUAGAUAAUUCAACUGGAGGUGGUUCUGAGAAGAGUGAAGAGGCAGAAUAAACAUUGGGGUAGAAAACUUGUGAAAAAAAUGAAUUUAAGAUUUAAUUUCUGCACAAAAUAUAUCAAGCCACUUCAGAAUUCCAUAGAUUGGACCAACAAAACUAUAAUACACCUGUCUCUUUCUUUCUUUAAAAUGAAGAAAAUGGUGAUUGGAGGCAGAUAAAAUAUCACGUAAAAGAAAUUCAGUUGCUUUUCUACAAACAGAAGCAAGCACUGUUUGACUAGUUUGGUAGUGGUUCAGUAUUUUAGUAAAUUUACCUUUAGCUAGAAAACCUCUAUUAGUUUUAAACUAGUAUUUAUAUAAAACUUGUCAGAAAGUAUUUCACUUAGUCUAGACUGUUAAAUUGAGAGAAAUAAAGAAAUAUAUAUUUGCAUCAGUUUGAAAUCUGAGGCACUUUAAAUGUGUUCUGUGAAUGGCAUUAACUACAUAGGACCCAAUCCUGCAAACACCGUCAGGCAUAAUGCUUACUACAGAGAGUAGUACUAUUGAAGUCAAAGGGACUACAGCCAGCAAAAGCACUGUUGCCAGUAGCGUUUACAGGAUCAGGCCCAUAGUUUGCAAACGUUUAUUGGUCUCUGUACCUCAUUGUGUUUACAUUGUUUUUCAAUUAACUAUAGUGUCAGGUAAGUGUGAAUAAAAGCUACUGUAUGUUGUUAUAAAAUCGGUCUUUUUCUUAACCACUUUUGCCUUUUAUGUUCUAAUAUAUUCGUGUGUUUAAAACAGAAAAAGCUAAUGCAAACCUCAGCACUUAAAUACUGUCUCUAGUUUUACUAAAAUUGCAUUUUUAUUUUUUGUUUGUUUGUUUUGGCAUUGACUUUUUAAAAAGUGAUUGUACAGUGAUGACUUUUUAUAUGUUAAAUGUUUCACAUAAGUUGAAUUUGCAGGAUUUGGAACAUGUAUGAUAUAUAUGUUAUAAAAUAUAAUUUGUUUGAAAAAAACACACACAUAGCAGCUCCAGCAUUUCAUUUUGCAGACCUAGGCCAAAUUCCACCCUCUGAUGCAUGCAUAUGGCUCCCAGUGUCUUCAGAGACAGCUAUGUGUCCAUCCAGGGGCAAAAUAUGGCUCUCUGAUAGUUGUCUUUUACGACUGAUGCACUUUUCAGUUAUCUGAAACCAAGAUCUGCUUUGUCAGUGAAGUUAAAUAUUGAGAUGUUUGUUUAUUUUUGACAUUCUACUUUGAACAUUUUAAGUGUAACAUCCGAUUGUUCUAAACUAAAAGAAAAAUUCAUUAUAUUUUCCCAGACAUUAAACUUAAAUAUAAUAAAAAGUAAAAACAUG